AUGGAAGAGUACGAGCCACUGAACGCCAGUAACUCGGCUUUACCGCCGCCACCGCCAGGUUCAGAAAGCCAUAAACCCAAAUUCAAAGUAACGAUUCUAGUUGCAUCAGAUUGCUUUCAACAUGAUCUCUUUUCAGUGGACCGGCUCCGUUUGGUGAAGAGGAUGAUAUCAACCUGUCGCCAUCGAUCAAGUCCGACAACACCAAAACCACGACUAAGACAAGUGGAACAAAAAAGCUCAGGACGAGUUCGACGACGAAGCCCAGCAAAGACUCUGUUGUAGAAAUGAGCACUAGUCACAGCAGCGCGUCCAAAGAAGAGGUUCGUCUAAGGAAAAGCCUACUUUAUGUUGCUCUAGGAAGAAAAGCGCAAGAACAAGGUGAAAGGCUAUGCUUUCUUGCUGCAUUUUGGCGUUCGUUCUGUUGUUGGCCAGUUGCCUUGUCGCCCUCGGAAUCGGCUACUUUUUGCUGGAUUUUAUGCGCCAGGCCGGCAAAUUCACCUAUUCUUCCACUACAACCUCCGACUCCGAGACGUCAACCCAAUCGUUAGUUUUUCGAAAAACUAAAGGCAAACAAAAAAAAACGUUCCAGCGGCGCCGAACUACUGACUACUAAAAGCUCCUUCCUGCAACGCUUCUUGGCCAACUCCGCUAAUAAAGAAAGCCAAUCUGCCGAUCCGGAUUCAACUUUCCAGUUGGCCGCUAAGCCUCCUCUGGAAAACAAGCCUGCGACGAUAAAAGUCCAAGUGGAGACCACUAAAUUAGAAGCAACCACUAUCAAAGCGGAGCCGACGACUGUUGUGACGACGAAAAAGCUGAGGAGAAAGCCAAAGAAGCCGAAGUCGACAGCUGUCCCCACGAUCGCCGACUUCGAAGCCAAGGUCUCGAAAGAGCUCGAGAAAUCACCCUGA